CCCGGUCGACGCAGAAGCGAGAGAUGGCUCGCUGAGGGAUCGGGCUGCGGCUCAGUAGUAAUAAGAGACGGCUUUUCGGCCGAUCACAUCUGAAACAUUGUUACGUGCGAAACGGGACCUUCCAGGGAGCUUCCAUCGGCCAACGUCAUCCGCUGCAUCUCUGCGGAUGGGCGAAUCAGGUGAGCGACGCGAAAAGGACGAGUGUCUUUAUGAGUUGCGAAUUACCCCUUAGCAGCAGUUGUACAACGGCGCCUGGCCGCGUCGCACGAAUUAGAUGAAUCGAACGCUUCAUGAAGCGAGAUUGUGAGGAAGACGAUGCACCUGGGCGCCUCAGGGAUGGCCGUUGAUGGCGAGUCGUGUUUCCUACGGCGUCCAAGGCACCAUGACAGCCGCACAGACAGCCCGCUGGGCAUCAACGCGGAGCAAGCUCCGAGUGCCUAAAACGGCAACUCGCGGGGCAUCGAGUGAGCUGCAAAGGGAGGCCUUCGCCAUGCAUUUGACCCGCCAGCUUGCACCUCGAUCGACUUCCUUCGCCAUGGCCGCGGCCUUGGUCGGCAGACAGAGUGCGGACCGACAGGCCUCUCCACCGAGCCCCACGACUUCUCUGACCGGUAAAGAGCUGGUCUUGUACCGCCGUUCGUCGGAUCCGCCUCCAGCCUCCCAGGUGUGCAGAGUACUGGAAGUGCGAAAAUCCGCACUGGGAGCUCUAGGCGUCACCGCCAUUGUGCGACAUGACGCCAGGCAGUCGGCUGCCCCCUCGGAGACGACAAACUCCCCCAUCGAAUACCCCGUCACAAAGUACGUCGUCGAGCAUAUGAGUUGGCCGAACUUCAAACGUUCCGGUGGUAGCGAGACGCUCGAUGCAGACCUCUUUGCGCUUCUCGAUGCUCAGUCACGGUCGGAAUGGCUUGGGUCCUUGAUGUUUUUCUUCGGAAAGAGCCGGAAAAAGACCCUCUACCACAUAAACCAGCCAAGGGUUCCCCAGGAAAUAAACCGCAGGAAUCCUUCUAGGCUCGCCGCUAGAAGGAAACAAUUGGAACAUGGUGGCGAGGGUAGUGGUAGCUCGCUCCAUAACGGGAGCUAGGUGCCGUCCCGGAUAUGAAGGGUCUAACGUCCGGGAUGAUGGAAAGUCGACGAUAACAACGGCCUAAGGUGUACGGCUUGAGCCUGGAACUUAAUGGACGUACGGCAACAAGCCAUGAUUGCUAUUUGUUAAUUGCACAUUUUUUUUCUUUUUGCUUACUUCUCCGCAGUCACUUUAAUGUUCGACGAACCUCUUUUCUCA